GCUCCUCUGUGUCUCCUGCUGCUCCUGGGUCUGCUGCUGUUACUCCCGAGUCGUCCUCAUCUGAGGAGUCCUCUGACGGGGCCAUGACACCGGGUCCGAACCAUUCUUUUGUGGAUUGCUCUUCUGAUGAGGUAGAACUUUUCAAUGAAGCACUGAAUUUUGGAGAUAUGCCGAAGUACUUGUGGGAGAUUUGGGUACCUGACAAACCAUGGGUGUCCCAGCGCCGUGUUACGUUUCACCUCCCUGAUGGCUCCCAGGAAAGCUGCAGUGACAGUGGUCUAGGCGAUCAUGAGCCUGUGGGUAGUGGAACCCUGAUCUCACACCCUCUCCCUCUGGUUCAGCCGCAGGACGAAUUCUACGAUCAGGCUUCACCGGACAAGAGGACCGAAGCUGAUGGCAACUCCGAUCCCAACUCUGAUUGGGAUCACACACAAGGAAGCAAAACCCUUGAUGGACCUCUUGGCCCUCGAGGAUUAGCCGAAGCUACUGAAAUGUGCACUCAAGAAUGCCUGGUCCUGGGUCACUCAGACAACUGUUGGAUGCCUCCCACUUUGGGUUCAUACCAGCAGCCAAAGUCUCCACUCUCCACCUUUGCACCUCAGAAGGAAUGGGUUAAGAAAGACAAACUGGUGAAUGGACAUACAUUGACAAGAACCUGGAAAGAAGACAGCAACAGAAACCAGUUCAGUGACCGAAAGCAGUUCGGCUCAGGUGAAGGUCAUUUCAACCCUGGCAAUCACAUGACUGACAUUCCUUUGGCUAACUUGAAAUCCUUUAAGCAAGCAUCAGGACCAGUGGAAAGUCCAAAGGAGAACCAGCUAUAAGGAAUGCCUUCUUUGGAACAGUGACUUUAGCCUAGUUAGACUUGCUAAUACUGUGUGUGUGUGUGUCAGAGCUUUAUGUACUGAGUAGACCUCUAGAACUAUGCGUCACAUAGCAGAGAUAUGCAUAACUUUGUGGUAGCUCCAUGGAACUGCAACACAAAACAGCAUUUCUCCUAGUUGUGUGGUUUUGUUAAAUAGAAAUAAUCAAACUCUUACAGAGAAUCUCUCCAGUUUGCAAACAAUCUUAAUUUUUUCAAUUUAUUUGGGAUAAUGGGUGGGGAUUUGUUCACGUUCCUUUGUUUUUUGACCCUGGACUGCUGCUGUGAACAGUGGAAGAUACAUAUGGAGAGUGAGAGAAAGUGAGUGUGUGUGUGAGAAAAGGUGGAUUGCAAUUCUUAGAAAGCAUAUCCAAUUAGGAAAUUGUGUUAUUGUUGCCAUUGAUCUUGUGCUGGGACUGCUAUACUUGACAUCUUUACUGAAACAAACAACUAAAAUUACAAACAUUAAACCUACUGUGCUAUUAACGACGCUAGUGGACACUUGUUAAGUCAAUCAGUGUUCAAGUACUUGUAAAUAGAAUCAAUUAUUAGUAACGACUUUUGUGUAAUAACGUUCACCUAAAAAACCCCACUGUAGCAUAAUUCUGUGUUUCACAGUUGCUUUUUUUCUACUUUAUUUCAUUUGCUUCCUGUUGUUUUUUUACUAUCAUUUUGUUUCUUUUGGUGAUGGUGCUUCUGUGUUGGUAGUCUGUCUGACACACAAUGUUCCAAGGAACUCAAAACACUUGUGUUAAAAACUGAGGAAAAAUGGGGGGGGGAUAUUUUACUUUACUAUUAGUGCGAUUAAAAAAUUGCCAAUUAAACCUAUUUGCCAAUUUUGAAAAAAAAAUGUGCUUGAAGUAAGGGCUUUGAAAUUUUAGCCAAUUUAUUUUUAUUAUUAUUUUGAUUUGCAAAGCAAAGGGAGAAAAACAGAACCUCAACCGUGAUAGCAGCUGAAUUGAUGUUAGCUGUCAUCACACCAGAGAAUAAUAUUAAUCAAAAUUAGGUGGAGGAUAAAGGGCACAAUCAGCUGAGAAGUUCGACUGUAUGAGCUCCACUGAACUGAAUGGAAGGUGCCUGUGCCCAUUUAUUUCAAUGGAACUUGUGCAGGAGAAAUUCGUAUUGUACCCAGCAUUUUCAUAUCUACUGACUGUUUUUUUUUAAAAAAUUGGGCUGUGUGUCUAUACCUAAGACAGUUUGUAUUGCUCAAAUGGCAGCGGUUGUGUUGAUCUUCAUCUGCAUUGAUGUUGUAGUAACACAAGUGUUUUUAGAUCAUAGCCACAAAAUAUUUAAUGUGUUGUGCCUUCAUGAUGUAACCAAGCAUUCUCCUGGUAGGCUAGUUGGGGGAAAUGAAAGGGUUCAGUUUCUAAUUCUUGCUGUUUAACUGUUUGUUAUCAUAGUUGGUCAAUGCCUGGCGGGUACCAGUGUUGUGUCACUUGACUCAAACUAGCAAAGUGACUCCUAAUGUUAAUAAGAUCUAAAUUGCACGUCUAAUAAAUCCUAAUCUGAACAUUCUUAGGCGUUUUUUUUCUUAAGGCAUGACAGACAAUUUAAACAAAUAGCAUGCAACAUAGGGGGGGGGAGUCCUUAAAGAAAAAAAAUAAAAAAUAUCUUAUUCCACAGUUAAACAUCAGUCUUAAAAUAAACACACACACACAAAAAUAUUCCUCCACAAUAUACGAGCAUAAAAUGGGCUAGGGGUGCAUUGCUUAUUGCAGUACUUAUGUCAGUUUGUGAGGGGUGUUUGAUGACUUUGACCGAAUAAAUAUCUAAACAGUUAUCCUUGUUACUGCUUUGCCAGUUCAACGUUAUUUACAAUUAUUCAGCUCUUGCAAUAAAUGUUCUGAAUUCCUGAUUGUCUUGUGGGAGUUCUUGGCCUAAUGCCUUACUAAGGCUUACUAAGAUUAAAAAGU